ACUCGCUAAUGCGAGCAGUGAAGAUGCGGAAGUGUUAGCGGUGUGGGAGCGCGCUGGCCUUCAGUGUGGUGCUGCUGAUCAGAUGGAGACCGCGGCGGAACCGGAACCGGAACCCGUCAGGCUGAAAUCACUGAAAACCAGCAGGAGCUUCACUGUUCCACACACCGAGCGGUUGGGGAACUGCAGGAGUGUGAAAGAGUUUGAGAAGCUGAACCGCAUCGGAGAGGGAACAUACGGCAUUGUGUACCGAGCUCGUGACACACGCACACAUGAGAUCGUGGCCCUUAAGAAAGUGCGCAUGGAUAAAGAGAAAGACGGGAUCCCGAUCAGCAGUCUGAGAGAGAUCACGCUGCUCCUCAGGCUCAGACACCCAAACAUUGUGGAGCUGAAGGAGGUGGUGGUGGGGAGCCAGUUAGAGAGUUUGUUCCUGGUGAUGAGUUACUGUGAGCAGGAUUUGGCCAGCCUCCUGGAGAACAUGCAGUCUCCAUUCUCAGAGGCACAGGUGAAGUGUAUCGUUCUGCAACUGCUAAGGGGUCUGGUGUAUCUCCAUCACAACUUCAUCCUGCACAGGGAUCUGAAGGUGUCCAAUCUGCUGAUGACAGAUAAAGGCUGUGUGAAGAUCGCGGAUUUUGGCCUGGCGCGUGUGUAUGGUGUCCCCCAGCAGCCCAUGACCCCUAAAGUAGUGACAUUAUGGUACAGAGCACCUGAGCUCCUCCUGGGCACCAAGACACAGACCACUGCACUGGACAUGUGGGCGGUGGGAUGUAUCCUGGCUGAGCUCCUGGCCCAUAAGCCCCUGUUGCCGGGCAGCUCAGAGAUCCAACAGCUGGAUCUGAUUGUGCAGCUGUUGGGAACACCGAAUGAGAACAUCUGGCCGGGUUUCUCGCGGCUCCCCCUGGUGGGUCAGUACAGUUUGAGGAAGCAGCCGUACAACAAUCUGAAGAACAAAUUCACCUGGCUGUCAGAGGCUGGACUCCGCCUCCUCAACCUGCUCUUCAUGUACAACCCCCAGCGCAGAGCUUCGGCUAAAGACUGCUUGGAGAGCUCAUACUUCAAAGAGAAGCCACUGCCAUGCGAGCCAGAGCUCAUGCCCACCUUCCCUCACCAUCGGAACAAACGGACAGGGCCUGUAGCUGAGAGCCAAUCAAAACGGAGCAAAGCAGGCCACUCUCUUGCAUCCUGAUCCUCAACACCCAAUCAGAAAGAGCUGUAGUUCUGCAACCAAGAGCUAAUCAGAAUCAAGCACCGCCUCAGUGUUAACAGCCAAUCAGAAGGAACUGAUGUGUGAUGACAGGCCUGAGGGAACAGAACACAGCACACCUGUGACAGGUGACACAGCUGCUUGUGUGUGUGUGUGUGUGUGUGUGUGUGUGUGUGUGUAUUAAAUACUUGUGCCAUGUGUCCCAGUGUAAGACAUUAUUAAACUUUGUGUAUUCGUUACACUGUAACUCCGCCCACCUUGACCCCUGAACCCCAGAGUAAAGUGAACGCCCCGAACACUAAUCUGACCUGCUGAAGGUUUUAGAAAGUCCAGAGUCCCCUGCUGUCCCUCGCUGUCCCCUGCCUGACUGUGAGACCGGGCUGUGGACUGCCGGGUGGGUACAGCACCCCCUAGGGGACAGAUUCAGCCUCUGUGUCUUCCAAAAACCAGAAAGUUGUAUCAACAACUCGACAGAAUAAACUAACUCUGGCAGAAUAAACACUAGCCACUCCUUCCCCUCCCAGGUGGAGCAGCGCUGUAACGUUUACCUCAGAGUCAGGAGACGGUGUGUUUGAGUCCCACUGAUGACUUGUUUUUGUUUUGAAUCCUUUAAUCUCAGUACAAUCUCAGUUCUCUUUUCAUCUCAUCCCUUCAUUUCAUUUCUGAAGGAAAACACUUCGGUCUAUACCUCCAUGACCCCCCCCCCACACACACACACACACACUAACAGCUCAUGAUGUGAAAAUAAUUCAAACUAAUGAAGUUUUCUGUACAAAACUCACCUUCAAGACCUCAGUUCCAUUAAAUGUGUUAAUAAAUGAUAAAAGAUGAUUUUGUUGGAUUAUU